AUGAGUGUCGAAGAGGGCGUCCACACUCUCUCGGACGAGACUGAGCUCUACACCAAAACAUGGAAGCCUGAGGGGACACCGAAGGCGAUACUUGCCUUUGUUCAUGGAUUCAGUGAUCACUGUAAUGCCUAUUAUGAGCUAUUUCCAUCACUCGCGUCAACUGGAAUCGAGGUUCGAGCCUUUGACCAAAGAGGCUGGGGGCGUACCUUUAAGCGCGCCAAGGACCGCGGAAACAGCGGCGGUACUGCUCUGGUCCUCUCGGACCUGCACUCUUUUCUACGGAGUAUCCCCGUUCCGCCCAAUGUGCCUCUUUUCUUGAUGGGUCACAGCAUGGGCGGCGGCGAGGUGCUCCACUAUGUGCUACACCCAGAUUCGCCCUACAAUCAAUCAACCGCGCGCCCUAACCUCGCGGGUGUUUUAUGUUACUCACCUUUGAUCGCACUGGAUCCUGCCAGCCGUCCCAUGGCUUUGACAGUGAUGAUGGGCCGGCUUGUCGCCCGCAUUAUGCCCAAGCGGCAGCGGUACUCCCCGCUGGAUGGCUCCCUAAUUUGUCGCGAUGAGCAAGUCGUGAAAGACUACACCUCCGAUGAGCUAUGCCAUAAUAUCGGUACUCUGGAGCAGCUGGCAGGUAUGCUGGAUCGUGGAAUCUGGUUGGAGAAAUUGCAGGCCUCGGAUUUGGAAAAUGUCAACCUGUUGCCCAUGUGGUUUGGACAUGGUAAUGGGGAUCGCAUCACCAGCUGGGCGGCAACGAAGAAACUGGCGGGAAUUUUGGAGAAGAAAGGAGACGUCACCUUUGUCACAUAUGAGGGCGCGUACCACCGAGCGCACAUGGAUCCGGGCGAGGUGAGGGAGCAGUUCGCCAAGGAUGUAUCGGACUGGGUCUUGAAGAAAGCAUCCGCCUCGGAGUCUGAACCCCAGCCUCAGUCCGUGGCGAAGUGA